UUGAAGUGACUGUUAGACCAAAAAGUCAUACAUUUGUCACAUUAGACUGCAUUUGAAAACUUUUCAAACACUGUUUGCAAACCAAAUCCAAGUGAGAUGUCCACCACUUCCAGCCAAUUGAAGCAAUUGUUUGCGUAUAUCGACUCGCAUUCAGAUGAUUACGUGAAGCGUUUGGCCGAAUGUGUGGCCAUUAAGAGCAUAUCGUGUCAGACGGACACCAGGGAU